AUGGCUUCUUCUACACUCGUGCGCACACUGGAGCAUCAUGUGAAAAGGAUUCUAAUGGUCCGCCCAACACAUUUCGAACUAAAAUAUUCGAUCAACCCUUGGAUGGAUAUGAAACGAGGAGUGAAUAGAGAAAAGGCUUUGAAGCAGUGGGACUAUUUGAAAAACACAAUUGAAGCAAGUGGAGCAAAAGUGGAAGUAAUGGAGUCUACGGGUGCUGAAAGCCUUCCGGAUAUUGUUUUCGCCGCGAAUGCAGCCAUCAUCAAAGGAAAUAAAGCGUAUUUGGCGAGUUUCGCACACCCAGAGAGACAGGGAGAAAGAUAUUUCUACGAGCAAUGGUUCACGAAUAAUGGCUAUGAAUGCGUCGGAGAUCAAGAUAUUCCAUCGGAAGGUGCGGGUGAUGCUCUCUGGGGAGGAGAUCAAUUGCGCACUCUGUUCAUGGGCGUGGGAACUCGGACCGACGUAAGAGCACUUCGCGAUGUUGCAAAUAAACUCGACGACGGCACCAACUGGAAAGUGAUCGGGUGUCGACUCGUCGAUCCAAGGUUCUACCACAUAGACACCGCCUUCUGCCCACUCAACGAGGACGUGGCCAUCUACUACCCAUAUGCUUUUGAUCACAUCACCCGCCAUAAUAUGAGAAAUGAGACCGAUUUGAUUGAGGUUUCUCAAAAAGAAGCUCGCAAUUUUGCAUGCAACGCGGUCGUCGUCGGGCAGAAUGUCAUAAUGCAUCAGGGCAACGAGGAAAUUGCCAAUAAGCUUGUUAAACUGGGGUUCACUGUUAGAUUUGUCGACAUGAGCGAAUUCAUCAAAUCCGGAGGCUCGUCCAAAUGCUGCACUCUUCAAAUCUAA